GACCUUUUUUUUUAAAUGUUUAUUUUAGAAGCACUCCCGCUGCUUGUAAGAGUUAUUCAGUCUGGAGACUCAAAGACCAAAGAAAACGUCAAUGCUACUGAGAACUGCAUCUCAGCAGUAGGUAAAAUUAUGAAGUUCAAGCCUGACUGUGUAAAUGUUGAAGAGGUCUUACCACACUGGUUGUCUUGGCUUCCACUACAUGAAGAUAAAGAAGAAGCUGUUCAGACCUUCAAUUAUUUGUGUGACCUGAUUGAAAGUAAUCACCCAAUUGUUCUUGGCCCAAACAAUACCAAUCUGCCUAAAAUAUUCAUUAUAAUUGCGGAAGGAGAAAUGCAUGAGGCCAUUAAACAUGAAGACCCAUGUGCCAAGCGCCUGGCUAACGUAGUUCGCCAAGUACAGACUUCUGGAGGAUUGUGGACUGAAUGCAUAGCACAACUCAGUCCUGAGCAGCAGGCAGCCAUACAGGAACUCCUUAACUCUGCCUGAAGGGCCUUAAUACCACCUGCCAGAAAACUAACUCCAAAUAAACGUUUGCCCUUUUGUUUAGGUUUCUUUGUUUUGUUUUUGAGCAAGAGAGAGCAGUAGUGUUGUGUGUAGGCCGUUCUUGUGGAGAGCUGCAAGGGAAGGCAGCCAUGUGCAGAGUGGAUUGCCUGGCAUUUCUAGCCAACCCUGGAGGAAGUUCCCGUAAGCCCCACGGUAGCACGCAGAGUAUUUUUCUAUUGGUGUGUCACGCCCAUGUGAAGGGUAACGGAAACAAAAUUAAUUUUUCUCAGUAGACCUAAGGAAAUUUAAGGAAAGCAGCUUUAAGGUCAGUUAAUCCACAUAGAUGUGUGUUAAGACAAACUGCUAUACAACCUAGUGUUCAUUCUAUAAAUUGGAGUGUGAGUCCUUGUGUGGAAUAGAAAGCUUUUACCCAGCCAGCCAGUUGAAAACAACUGAUGACAAGCAAGAAGUAUGAAGCUGUCACUUGAUGUCACUUUCGAUUCUUUUUCCCAGAAGGCUUACACAGUGACUCAGCUUGGAGGCUUUCCGCUUCUGGCCCUUGAAUGUGAAGUAUCGUUGGCAUGUCUGACAAUAGUCUCUCAUUCACUCCUCAAUAAACAACAUUGAAAUACAAAAGAGGCUUGUGUAAAACUUCAGUACUGUCUGGCUUUGAUUCCUUUAAUGUUUUUAAUAAGAAUGACAUGAUAUUUUUUUAAAGCUCUAGCUCUGAACGUGUGUCCUCCCCCCAUUUUCCUUCUGCAGUUCAACCUUUCAAGUGCAUCUCGUUUUUCCUGUCUUCACCGUAAUUGAAGCUAAGUUAAUGAUAUGCCUGUUUUGUUCACAGUUGGUUUUCUCAAGGUUUGCAAAUUCAACCACCUUUUUUAAAGCUAGGAUUGUUCUGGCUAGAUCACAAAGAUCAGCUUAAUAUUUUCACUGCAAAUUUUAAUUGCUUUAGAGAUACAACAUUGAAAUUUUUAAUUUUACAAUAAGUAUUAUGGCUAAAACUUACUGAAAAUCUUGGUAAAAUGUGUGAUUUUUUUUUUUUCCUUUAUGUAUUAACCUCAAAGCAGUAACUGACUGGCUGUUGUUUCUUUCUUUAAUUUUUCUAAGAGAUUUUAAUAGGUUUCUGUUAAAUUUCAGUGUUAACAGUUUUAUAGUUUGUACUAAACCGUGAGUUAAAUGAGUUUUAUGCAUAGAUCAGAAUUUGAAAUUAAAGGGUUUUGUCCUUUGAUUUGCAUUACUUAAAAUUAGAAAUGAAAUAAAGAAUAGAAUGGAUUCUCUUUCACGGGCUCCCUGGUUAGCCUCUGCCCUUGGAAUCUCCUUGGGGUUUCAGCACUGCCUGGCUGGUCCAAAUGCUUCAGUGUCUGACAGGAACCAUGCUGGGUGACUUCAGAGCAGCCUCUACUUUCAGCCUGUGCCUUUGGGACUCUGGAAAAGGGACAGGGUAAUAUUUGAAGCUGCUUUAUACUCUACUCCAAUGGGAGGAAAGAACAAGGACAGAGUAAGAAUGUGUUAAGGCAAUCACUUUGUGUCCACUCCUCUAGGAGAGAGUCUGAAGUGAAUUCGUGUGCUGAUGUCCAAUACCUGGAGCAGUGUAAGUUUUUAAAAUUACUGCCACACUUGCAGAAAAGGACCUAGCGCAUGCACUGUGCUAGGCACCUGUGAGAAUGAGUACCUCCCAGUCGAGCACUAGUGAUAGUCCUACAGCAAGGGUUGGAGAGCCCUGAGAAGUACUCGGAUUAGUGCAUGUGGAUCAAGUGCAGACCAACUACAUCUUUUUUGACAGAAAAGCAAAAGGAAGAAUUGGAAUUGAAUCAAGUUAGUAAGGAAGGUUGGCGCUCAAGGCUGCUGAUGUCAUGUGAUCCUGAAGCCCAGGUCCAGGACUAACUAUAAGCUGUUCCAGGAACCAACAGUUCUUUUAAGUUGUCUGGAGAAGUACUUGGAAUACCUCGUUCUGUCUAUGCAAGAUGAAAAUUCAUGGGCUUUUUCCUUUAUACCACGUUUAGUGGCCUUGCAUGUCAGUAAGUAAUGAUACACCGUUUAUGAAUGCAGACUUCCUGGUGGGAGAAGACUGACUCCACGUUUUUUGGAAAUUUUGUAACAGAAUACACAGUGUUAGAAACAUAGCAUAACUCAAUUUUGAGUAUUUUUUUAAUGCUGUAAAUUUGAAGUAAACUGUCUUAAUGGUAAUUGGAUACUCUGUAAUGAGAGACACCUUUAUCAUAACUCAAGUUGUAGCUUGACUUCAGUAAGUAUCCAUAAGUAAAUAAACAUUCUUGAUGCAA